AUGACAGUUGGAACGCAUAUCGCCGAGAUUCUCCGCCAGGGUGUUUGGGCGUCGCUCACCGGUGGAUGGUACUAUGAGCCGGCUCACUCCGCUUUUUGCAAUACGAUCCAUCUCUAUCUAUGGAUAGUUCUACUUGUACUUCCGCUUCUACUAGGACUGAUUUCAACGGGAACUCUCUCAACCGGACUCUUGCUCACCUAUGUUGCUUUUAUUUGCUUUUUGUUCAUAGUCAUUAAGCUGAUUGUUGCCUACUUGCAUCGGGUAUUCGACACCACCGAACCGGUCAUUGUCACAAAGAAAGCGGAAGAGAAGCUACCCUCAAGUGAACGGUUGUCGUCAACAGCCGCUGUGCAGGGUUCUCGAAAUGGAGAUCAGCAAAGUUUUGAGAUGGUCGAGAUGACCGAAAUUCGGACUGCGUCAUCAUCCCCUAGACCCGAGUCUCGACGCCGCGUCUCCGAAGUUAGCUCUCGAUCGGGUGAUGGCGGAGCUCGACGGAGAAAUCAUCGAGUCCGAAUCAUUCACACCGAACCCGAUCCCGGACUGCACCAUGUUGAUGUGAAUGUGCAUGUGGAUACUCCACUUGAAAGCGUUGAGCCAAAUGUGGACGAUAGUGAGCUAGCGGUGGUGACCGAGGCUGAUCCCGAAUCAGAGCAACUACCUCGGGAAGACUCGGCGCUGCUACCAAAGAAGAAACGUUUCUCGAAAAGAGCUUCCUCGUCGCUAGAAGAUUUACGCGCGAAUCGAUUGACGAGAAAAAUGAGCGAACCGGUCUUUGCUGCUUAUUUAAUGGAAGUCGAUCGUCGCAAUUCGGACGGCACGACGACGAUGAGCUCGGUGAGACGCGUGGCCUCGACGGCGGCCAGUGCGAACACAACUGGAGGCAGUAUGCUCUCACAGCACACACUCGCUCAAUGCAAACAUAACACCCAUAAAUCGUAUCCGACAAAAAUGUCCAGCACCGAUGAUUUCCUUAACAAGGGAACGCUGAAGAAGAGUGAGGCUCGCGCGGACAGCAGCUCGACAUCGAUUAAAUUUGAAUUCCCGACAAAAGAAUUGGAAGAGGAACAACAGGAGACGGGAAAAGUUGAAGAUGAGGAGAGGAUGAGAGAAGUCGAGGCGGAUUUGGAGGUGGAAAGAACGAAUCAAAUGAUACAGCCAGAGCCCUCACAAAGUGUCCCGAUCAUCGAUGAACCCGAUGAUGAAAGUGAAGAUGAAGAAGAAGAAGAAGAAGAACAUGAGGAAGAUGAACCACAACCAUCAACAUCUAAAGUUGUCGAGAUGCCACCUGGGACAGCUCCGACGUCAGCUUGGACACCGGUUGUCGUCUCGUUUGCCCCGUCGUCGGACUCGGAUCGACCGACCGCGUCAUUGCAUCGUGCAAAAGAACGAAUCGCUCAACAGGAUGAUUUACCCGGCACUUCAUCUGAUGGGACAGCUGAUCUGAAGAAUGAAAUCACUCGUUUUCUUGAGGAUCUCAUUGAUAAACACCCGGAAACACUUGAUGCCAUUGAAAGUGUUCGGCAAAGCAGGCUAAGCCGGAAUCGUCAAGUUCCCUCGCGGAGUCACACCACUCAUCCACAUGUGGCACGGUGGAGCGGAUCACGGAGGGCACAACAAACGGCGGCAAUGUGCGCUCUGUCGGACUUGGCGCUUCGUGAUGGAACGCAUAUAGCGAGCGGUCAUGAGGAUACGACACAAGGAGCCAUUCAUUCUUUCCAAGAUGAGGACGGGAAUUGGUGGACGUACGCUUUUGAUGAGAAUGGUGUUGGAACAGCGCAGGCUCUCGGCUCGGGUGCAGCUCUGAUGGACUUGAUCGGCUCAGCCACAACGGCGCCCGUGCCCAAUAAACGACUCGAGGCUUUGCACGAGUCUCCGUUGAACUCAUCGGAAGAGGAGGAGCAUCACGAUGUCGAGUCGGCUGAAACAGGAACAGCUAGAAAGAGUACCGAUGGGACAUCCAGAUCGACAACACAUCGAUUCAGACCAACCACACGCUCCCGGGCCGCCUCCUCAUCAUCAAAUGACAGUCAAGUUUACAUUGGACCGAUCCCGUCAAAUGUCUUUCAUGCACCGACACAAUCAGUGGCCACCAGAAGCUCGAGUCAACCCAGAUCCGCACAAAGCAGUCAAUCCCAUGUGAUCUCAAUGGCCGCCUCGCGACUCCGAUCCGCUUUUCAUGGUGAUCGAGAUAGAGAGAGACGAGAAGAAAGACACGAAAGGGAGAGAUCUGAAGCACAUCGAGAGCAACUCGUCGAUCGACCCUUCGGAUUGCAAAGAGAUGACAUGUACGGACGGGGAGCUGAUCGUGUCAUUUUUGAUAUUAAUCAACGUCUCCGCCAAUUGAGUCGACUCGAUUCCACUCAUUCAGCCGGUUCAGCAUCCUCUCGUUUUCGUUUCUUAGCCGAUCUUGGCCUAGCCGGUCCACAUAUGAACAUUCCGUCACACUCGUUGCCCCUUGAUUCGGCUCAUUUUUUAACAAGCCACAUUCGCCGAGCCUCUUCCGCGAAAAAAGCCUACUACUAUCAGUUGAAAUUACUACCAAAAUCGGAGAGAUCAUUCCGCUUAAAGCUUGAUCGAAUCUCUGUCUCGAAUCUCUUCGAUCGUCCACGCUCGAUUUCGUCGGCGAUUCUCGACAUCAUGCUGGCCGUCAUUGUCUCUCUGCUCGCCACUGUUGUUAUCUCAAAAGCCAUCUACCAUGACAUUUCGCUGGUCGCCUUCGCCUUCGUGGUGGCCGGAGCUCAUUUUUCUUUGCUCAAAAGCGUUCAACCGGACGCCGCUUCGCCGAUUCACGGGUUCAAUUGGCUGGUCGCUUACAGUCGUCCAAUCUAUUUUUGCAUACUUUGCGCUAUUUUGCUGUGGUUGGACUUGGCGGCUGGAGAGACGAGAAACGAGGAAAUCCCGUGGAAUUGGAAUCUUUAUAGAUGGCCAACAACGAGCGCCGGUUUGUUGGUGUCGAUUCGAGACCUUGUCGCUACAGUAAUCCUGCUUCUACCAAUCGCCUUCACUUUUGGAUGGUUGCCACAAGUGAACACUCUCACUUUGCACAUUCUCGAGCAAGUGCAAAUGCAUGUAUUCGGCGGCACGGCUUGCACAUCGGUCACCUCGGCGCUCAUCCAGAUCUCUCUAUCGUUGAUCAUUUGGGCUUUACUUUCUGUGGGAACUUAUUUUGCGAGACAGCACGAUUCAAACUCCACCCAAACAAUCGUUUUCUCGGCUCUCUCCUCGGCCACUGUUGCACUCAGUUUUUUGCUUAGUCGUCUCCCAUCAAACCCACAAUUUCUUUUGCUUGCCUUGUCGCCGUUGAGGUGCAAAUUGCCGAAUGGAAAUGGGAAUGCUAGGGAAAAUCAUGGAGAUGAGGAAAGCUUAGAUUCGGGAACACGGUUGUUGUGUACGUCGAAGCCGAAAAGAGAGGAACCAGCGAGAGAGGCGAUACGCGAUGAAUGGACGGGUGCCUCAUCGACUUGUACCCCAUCAACUCCACAAGAUCCACUGCCGAAACUUCUCUCACAAACUCUCUCCUUGCGUACACGUCAUGAUCUCCUUUUCGCUCUUCUCACAUCACUUUUCGUCUUCGCGCUCCACUCCACAUCGCUGUUUACGGCUACGAAACCGUAUUUCACGAUCUCGAUCACUUGUGUGGCGAUUUUCGUUGGCUCUUUCAAUCACUAUCUCUACAUGCAAUUACGCAUUCACAAUCCGUGGAAAUUGGUUGCGAAACCGAUCCUCCGCUCGGCCGAAUUCGGGCAAUUCGAGAGCACCGAGAUGGCCCGAUUGAUGUGGUUUGAGGUGAUACACGUGUGGGCGGGCGCGCUAGAGAGAAAUGUGAUUUACCCACUUUUGGUGGUGGGAACGAUGACGGAAUUCGGUUGGCGCCUGCCCUAUCCCGUGCUCUUCCUGCCCCUUUUUGCCAUCAAAAUUCUCAGGACUGGCUACUCGGCCCCUCAAUCCUUGUUCGUCCCAUUGGCGCUCUCUUUUCUCCUAACCCGUUUCGAUUGGGUCUUCACGGCGCCAAUUCCCUUGUUCACAAAUAUGACCUCAUCAAUCGAUCUCUUCCCGAUAAUGCUUUAUUUCCUCGUGUUGAUCUAUCCGAAAUGGUUGGAGUUGUACCUGAAGUUGUCCUUUGUGCUCGCCUAUGUGGCUCCAUGGCAGAUCAGUUGGGGCUCCGCUUUCCACGCUUUCGCUCAGCCGUUCUCCGUGCCGCAUUCGGGUCUCGUUUGUGUGCAAACGAUUCUCUCGUCGAUCAUCUCAGCUCCACUAAAUCCAUUUCUCGGUUCUUCUUUCUUUCUCACUUCAUAUGUGCGACCGGUGAAAUUCUGGGAAAGAGAUUACAACACAAAGAGAUCCGAUGCAAGCAAUACGAGGCUAGCCGCGCAAAUCGAUCGCGGACCGAUGAUGGAUGACUCAAAUUUGAACGCUGUCUUCUAUGAGCAUCUCACUCGAUCAUUGCAAGCGAGUCUCGCCGGGGAUAUCCGAUUGGGGAGAUGGGCGAGUACCGUACACCCGGGAGAUUGUUUCAUCUUGGCGAGCUUCUAUUUGAACUGCUUGGUGCACAUCAUCGAGGUUGGCAACGGUUUUGUGACUUUCCAAUUGAGAGGACUCGAGUUUCGGGGCACGUAUUGUCAUCAGAGAGAGGUGGAAGCGAUCAGCGAGGAUUCAUCCGAGGGAACGGGUUGUUGUUGCUGUUCGCCGGGUUCUCUUCCCGGUUUCCUUUCGCUGAACACUGCGUGGACGCUGAGAUGGCUUGCCUGGGAGGUCACUUCAUCAAAGUACAUCAUUGACGGCUACUCGAUCACCGACAACUCGGCUGUGAACUUGUUGCAGGUCCACGAGCUUCGUCGUCUCUUGGUGACCCUUUACGUGAAGUGCAUUGUCUACUUCUCUUUGAAAUCUCCCCGUUUGAGUUCAUGGCUGGCAAAUGAGACGAUUCAAGCAGCUCUUCAUCCGAUUGAGUCAAAUCCUCGAUACGUCGAUGUUGAUCAUAUGUUCUGUUCGGCGAAUGAUGAGGACUAUGAUGUCAAUAAUAUGGGAAUCUCUCGUCAAUCCUUUUCCGAUCUCUACUCACCGUGGAUCGAUUUCUGUUUGAAGAAAAGAGUUGAAGCUGAAAGUGAUGGUAUUUGCAAUGAUAUUUCGGUGCUUCCUCUCUGUUUUGCCCUUUCACUUCUUGGGAGAAGAGCUCUUGGAGCGGCUGCUUACAAUCGACACUCGAAUGCCGCUGAAUCGUUCCUUUAUGGGCUACACGCGCUUUUCAAGGGAGAUUUCAGAGUCACUUGUCAACGAGACGAAUGGGUUUUUGCUGAUGUCGAAUUGCUGAGAUGUGUGAUUGCGCCAGCUGUGAGAAUGGCACUGAAAUUGCAUCAGGACCAUUUCGCGGCGGCCGACGAUUUCGACGAUGGCGAUGGGAUGUUCACAUUGAUGUCCCAACACGAAAGACAUCUCUUCAUUUCGCAUGAACACGAUCCAGGAUGGAGACAAGCGAUCCUUGCAAAUACUCCGUCACUUCUCGCGUUGAGACAUAUUUAUGAUGAUGGACAGGAUGACUACAAGAUCAUUAUGUUGAAUAAGAUGCAUUUAAAUAUGAGAGUGAUCAAGCUGAAUCGUGAAUGCGUUCGCGCUUUCUGGGCAGGCCAACAGCAAGAGCUGAUCUUUUUGAGGAAUCGAAAUCCUGAACGAGGAUCGAUCCAAAAUGCGAGACAAGUGUUAAGGAACAUGAUCAACUCAUCAGCCGAUCAACCGGUUGGAUAUCCGAUCUACGUCUCUCCACUAACCACAUCAUUCGUUGAGACUCAUCCACAGAUUCGACAAGUGCAAGGACCACCGUUAACUGUUCAGGGCAUCAGCUCAUUCCUUGGACGCCUCUGGGAGGGUUUACGGUCUCACUUUGGCACGAGUGGCUCCUCAUCGCUGGCUCCCGCUCAAUCGUGUGGUGGAACGAGUGGGCCGGCGCCCGUUGGUCCGCAUGCUCCUCCACCCUCAUCAGCUCCAUCACUUCGCCCAUUGAAUCUCUCACAAAGGGAUAGCGGGGAUCAAGAUCGACUCAGCUCGGGGAGUAGUCAGCCUGAACAAUCCGUUGUUUCAAUGUGUGCUGAUGGGAGUGCAAAAGUAAGUUUGGCGAGGAGUCGAACGGCUUCAUCACCGCCGCUUUCUUCGUUAAAAAAUUCAAAUGACGCGGCUGCUAAAUUAGCAGGAACAAGGGGUCAUGGUGGAGAAAGUCCUGAAGGAAAUGAGUCGGAUGCGAGCGAUGCAGAAGAGGACACUGCUUUAUAUGUGGAGAUUGUGAAUUCCGAAGAAAUUUUUAAAUGCUUGAAUGAGCCACUGAAAGCAACGGGAGAACCGCUGGUGUUUUGGCCGAAAGAAGCGUGGAGAUUGGUGGGCGGGAGAGCGUGUUGGGUAGCGAUGCCGAGUGAGGGAAUGGCUGGCAGGGUAGUUCACUCGUGGCUUCCCAAUCAUCCGCAACGUGCUCUUCGUUCGCAUAUCGGAGACACGAUUCAUUUGGUUUCUCUCUUCGAAAUGCCAUCUGCUGUCGUGCCCAUCAGUGAAAGAGGAAUACGAGUGUUGACGAAAGGUGAAGCUAUUAUGAGGGCAAGGGCGACUCAAUCCGUUUCACAGGAAACUUCCCUUCAAACUCUCCAAGAGGCGCUCGUUUCCAUCGUGGAGGACGAAAUGACAUCACAUGGCGGUCAUCAAAUGGGUGAGAGUGGUUUCGUGGAACCGGAGGAUGGCUUUGCGGAUGAUGAUCUAUUGUCACCCGAUGAUCUCAGUGUGAACCUUGACGGAAUCCCGCAUUCUCGAUCGUUUCUCGAGAGAGAAGAUUUCGAGAGUGAAUUGGGAUCGGUGGAUCCGUUUGCGGAGGAUUUCUCGGAAAUCGCGAAACACGAUAUUGUUGAAUUGGUGGCUGAUGGAGAUCGAGUGGCAAGACCAAUCAUCGUCGUCUAUGCCUAUCGUUUACCCUCAAAUAAAUCCUUUGAUCAUGCGAAGUUUUUACGAUUUCUUCAAGCAACAUUGGAUAAGGUGGUUGAGCUGGACUAUACGAUUGUCUAUUUCCACUAUGGUCUACGGUCACACAACAAGCCGCCAAUCAAAUGGUUAUUUCAAGCGUACAAAGUUCUGGAUAGAAAAUACAAGAAAAAUCUGAAAGCUUUGUACGUGGUACAUCCAACUCGUUUCAUCCGAAUCAUUUGGGGACUCUUCAAACCAUUCAUUUCAAACAAAUUCGAGGACAAGUUGAAUUAUGUGAAUUGUGUCGGAGAUCUUGAGAAAGCGUUGGCUGUGACGAGACUGAAUCUUCCGGAGCCGGUGAGAACACACGACGAAUCGGUCUUUCCAUCGUCAGCCUCUGCAUCCAAUCGUCCACCCACUCCACCAACCCCGCCAAGACCCACUCAACAGUUCAAUGUAUCGCUUGACUUUAUCCUAUCACAUCAUCCCGACGACGAAGUACCGCCGAUUGUUUCCCAGCUAAUCUCUUAUCUAGAAGCACAUUGUUUAAAGGUCGAAGGAAUCUUCCGUAAAAGUGCAAACGUUGCAGCGAUUCGACGUCUACAAGACAAAAUCAAUAAAGGUGAAAAAGUCGAUUUCUUGAAUGACGCGGAUUAUGUCACGGAUCAAUAUACAGCUGCCAUUCAUGCAUCGGUGCUGUUGAAAACGUUUUUGUCAGGGAAAAGUCUCGGAGAGCCGGUUACGACGAAUAAAUUGUACCCGGAGCUGAUGAAAUUGGCAGAUGUGCCCAAGCAAAAGAAGAGUGAGGCGGUGAGCGAAUUUGUGAAACUUCUCCCUCGUCCAAAUUUUCUUCUCUUGAAGACCGUUUGUCGUUUUCUCACAAAAGUGUCGUCUCAUCAUCAAGAAAAUCUAAUGACCGCCAACAAUUUGAGUGUCGUUUUUGGGCCGAAUCUCACAUGGCCAACUGAUCAGCAGGUCCCAAUCACUCAGCUCAACAAUCUCAACAACUUUUGCUACAAACUCAUCGUUGAUUACGAGAAAAUUUUCGGAGAGAAACCC